GACGCGCGCGACGUCCGGGUCGCCAUGAUCGGCAACGUCGACAGCGGCAAGUCGACGCUCAUCGGCGUCCUCACGGCCGGCGGCCUCGACGACGGCCGCGGCGGCGCGCGGAGCCUCGUGCUGCGCCACAAGCACGAGCAGGAGAACGGGCGGACGUCGACGGUGUCCGUCGAGCUCAUGGGCUUCCAGGGCGAGCGGCAGGUGCUGCCGACGGCGCGGCAGCACGCCCAGCGCUGGAAGGAGGUCGUCGACGCCUGCGACCGCAACGUGAGCUUGAUCGAUCUGUGCGGCCACGAGCGCUACCUGAAGACGACGGUCUUUGGUUUGACGGCGAUGCUCCCCGACUUCGCUUUGCUGGUCGUCGGCGCGAACAUGGGCGUGCAGCGCAUGACGCGCGAGCACAUCUCCAUCGCCGUCGCGCUGAGCCUGCCCAUCGCCGUCGUCGUCACCAAGGUCGACAUCUGCCCGCCGGACGUGUUGAAGCAGACGCGGCAGACGCUCGCUAGAUGCUUGCGCCAUCACGGCCGCAUGCCCAUGCCCGUCAAGGAGCGCGACCAGCUCGCCAACGCGGCGGAGUCCGCGGGCGCCGGCCGCGUCGCGCCGGUGUUUGCGGUAUCGUCGGUCAAGGGCGACGGGCUCGACCUCCUCAAGGGGUUCCUCGGGCUCCUCGAGCGCGCGCCGCGGCCGAUCCCUACGCACCUCUGCAUCGACGGCGUCUACGAGGUGCGGGGCGUGGGCCUCAUCGUCGGAGGCACGCUCACGCGCGGCGCGAUCGCCGUCGGCGACGCGCUCUGGCUCGGGCCGGACCGCGCGGGCGCGUUCGUGUCCGUGUCCGUCAAGUCCAUCGAGUGCAAGCGCCAGCCCAUCGAUGCCAUCAAGCCCGGCGUCAACGCGACGCUGGCCCUGCGGGCCCUCCACCGCAAGGCGCCGCCGCUGCGCCGCGCGUACUACCGCAAGGGCAUGGUGCUCCUCGGCGCGUCGGACGCGCCGCGCGCGUCGCGCCGCUUCUCCGCGGACGUCGUCAUCCUCCACCACUCGACCACCGUCCAGGAGGGCUACCAGCCCGUCGUCCACUGCGGCGUCGUCCGCCAGGCCUGCGCGCUCCUCAACAUCUGCAACAAGGAGAACCUGCUCCGCACGGGCGCGAAGGCGCGCGUCACGUUCCGCUUCAUGUACCACACGGAGUACCUCCUCGUCGGCGCCACCUUCCUCUUCCGCGAGGGCCGCGCCAAGGGCAUCGGCAAGAUC